ACUGGGGCGGCCUCUGCUGCCCGGGGGUCUGGCACCGUGGAGGGCGGGGCUUUCUCUGCCUGGUACACAUGGAAAGGCGCUGUGUGGACGCAGGGUCACCGUGCUGCUGGUGGAAAGCGGCUGCGUGGACGCAGGGUCACCGUGCUGCUGGUGGAAAGGGGCUGCGUGGACGCAGGGUCACCGUGCUGCUGGUGGAAAGCGGCUGUGUGGACGCAGGGUCACCGUGCUCCUGGUGGAAAGGGGCUGUGUGGACGCAGGGUCACUGUGCUGCUGGUGGAAAGCGGCUGUGUGGAUGCAGGGUCACCGUGUUCCUGGUGGAAAGGCGCUGUGUGGACGCAGGGUCACCGUGCUCCUGUUUUCUGGCAGUUGGUGUUUCCUGGGCCUCGAGAGCUGCUGCCAGACCCGGACGCCUCGUGGCUAUGCUGUGUCCAGCCCUGCUGAGCAUCACCAGGGGUAGCUCACGCUGCUCUUGUCAGAGCCUCUGGUCCUCCUUGAGUCCUCGGGGAUGUGGCAGAUGCCAGCGACCAUCAGAUAACGUGGGGGCCGUGCCAAGGCUGUGGACACGCAGCCCGCAUGCCACCCUUGGGCUCCACUGGCAGAGAUCCCCUUCCUUCUGGACGCCGACUGCACCUCCGGAUACAGCGUUGAUGUCCAUUUUCCAGGAGAGAGGCGGCCUCGGGUCCAGGGAGUGGAGGGGCUGCCCCUGCCAUGCAGGUCCUGGCCGAUGGCCCCUCACCCUGCCGCUCUGGGCUUUUGGCCUGAAGCAAAUUCCUGAGUGGGAGUGCCGGGGCCUGCCACAUCCUGUCCUGUCCACUGCCUACCCCCUUGUGCUGACUCACACAGUUCUGCUGCAGUGGGAGCUGCCAGUCUGACACCUUGUCACCCCACGCUCUGCCCCCACCCCGUUUUCAGUUUAGCACGAGGUCACACUGUGUCAGCAGCCCUGCACUGACCACAGCCGGCCCCCAGUCCUCAGAGUUCUGGAUGCUUCUGUGCGGCUCCAACAGGCAUCGUCUUCCCUUCCGCGGGCGGAGGGGCCGCUUCCCACAGGCAUCUGAGCUCUAUGCCGGGGCCGUGGCUGUGGCCAUGGGAAGAUGUUCCACGCUGCUGCCCCCUGAGUUUUCCUCGGAAACACUCUUGAAUGUCUGAGUGAGGGUCCUGUUUAGCUCUUUGGCCUGUGAGAUGCUUUGAAAAUUUUUAUUUUUUUAAGAUGAAGCAAGAUGUCUGUAGUGGUAAUUGCCUCACAUUAAAAUGUCACCGAUUGCAGGCACGGUGACUGCUGAAUGUAUCCCGUGUGGUGACUUGGAAUCAAUAAACCACUUGUGGAUCC